AUGUCUGAAAAGGUUCUGCUUUGCUUUCUUGUUCUCUGUGGUUCAGUUCGUGCUGAGACGCAAAUAGAGAAAGAGGCUGCGGCCUUCCUGCGCCAGUUUGAUACGGAGGCUAGUGAGCGAAUGUACCAGUACUCACUGGCAUCAUGGGCAUACAACACCAACAUCACAAAGGAGAACUCGGACAAACUGUCAGAACAGGGUCAAAUUUGGACUACGUUUUACAACGAAAAGUCAGAUCGGGCUUCCAAAUUCAAGAUUACUGACAUCAAGGAUCCUCAAAUCAAAUUGCAGCUCAUCAUAUUACAGGACAAAGGUGCCGGCAUUUUGCCACAGGAGAAAGCUGCGCAUCUGAGCAAGAUCUUGAGUGACAUGAGUACAAUCUACAGCACAACAAGUGUGUGCAUGAUGGACAACCCACAUAACUGUCAGACUUUGGAGCCAGGCCUGGAACACGUGAUGGCCACCAGCCGCAAUUACUCUGAGCUUCUACAUGUGUGGGAGGGGUGGAGAAGGGAGGUGGGCAAGAAGAUGAGGCCUCUAUAUGAAGACUAUGUAAUUCUGAAGAAUGAAGCGGCCAAGCUCAACAAUUUUGAGGACUACGGCGCUUACUGGCGAUAUAACUACGAGACGAUCGAUGAGGAAAGCCCUUACAAUUACAACAGGCAUCAGCUGAUGGAAGAUGUACGCUCUAUCUACAAACAGAUCUUGCCUCUAUACAAGGAGCUCCAUGCUUACGUGAGGGACAAGUUGAUGAAAGUCCACGGAAACCACAUGGAUCAACGAGGACCUCUGCCAGCCAAUCUCCUGGGUGACAUGUGGGGAAGAUUCUGGACCAACUUGUAUCCUCUUGCAAUGCCCUACGAGGGGGAGAUUGAUGUCAGCACAACAAUGGUAGAAAAGGGCUGGACAAAGCGUCGGCUAUUCGAAGAGGCCGAGAAGUUCUUUAUGUCGGUAGGACUGUAUGAAAUGUAUGACAACUUCUGGGACAACUCCAUGCUGGAAAAACCCGAGGACGGACGCAAGGUGGUGUGUCAUCCCACGGCCUGGGACAUGGGCAACACUAAGGACUACAGGAUCAAAAUGUGCACUCAAGUCAACAUGGAAAACUUCCUGACAGUCCACCAUGAGAUGGGCCACAACCAGUACCAGAUGGCUUACAGAAACCUUUCCUACCUGUUGAGAGAUGGCGCCAACGAAGGUUUCCACGAGGCUGUCGGGGAGAUCAUGUCUCUUUCUGCUGCCACACCAAAACACUUAAAGGCACUUGGCCUGCUGCCUCCUGACUACACUUAUGAUAAUGAAACAGAGAUUAACUUUUUGCUGAAGCAGGCACUGACCAUUGUGGCCACUCUGCCUUUCACAUACAUGCUGGAAGAGUGGCGGUGGCAAGUGUUUGCAGGAAACAUACCCGAGGAGAAAUGGAUGGAGCGAUGGUGGGAGAUGAAGAGAGACCUUGUCGGGGUGGUGGAGCCGGUACCAAGAGAUGAGACGUACUGUGACCCUGCCGCCCUCUUUCACGUAUCUGGAGAUUAUUCCUUCAUCAGAUAUUUCACAAGAACUAUCUACCAGUUUCAGUUCCAAAAAGCACUUUGUCAUGCUGCUGGUCAGUCUGACGUCUUAUCUUCGUGUGACAUCACUGGUUCGAAAGAAGCUGGCGCCAAGCUCAAGAGCAUGUUAGAGUUGGGCCGCUCCAAGUCGUGGACCAGAGCUUUGCACGCCAUAUCUGGAGAUACCAGGAUGGAUGCCAGGCCACUGCUGGACUAUUUCCAAAAACUUUACGUGUGGUUGAAGGAAGACAACAUGAAACACAACCGUUAUGUCGGCUGGGAUGCGGCAGUAGAUCCAUAUUCCAAAGACGCUAUCAAAGUCAGGCUCAGUUUAAAAAUGGCCAUGGGUGAUGAAGCUUAUUCCUGGAACUCCAAUGAGCAAUACCUGUUCCGGGCCAGUGUGGCGUACGCUCUGCGACAGUAUUACAGUCAGAAAAACAACACUCUUCUCUUUACUGCAGAGAAUGUCUUAACAUAUAAACAAACACCAAGGAUUUCCUUCUACAUGGUGGUUACCAAUCCUGUGACUCCCUCCCAAUUCGUCCCAAAGGAAGAUUUGAAAGCAGCCAUACGACUGUCCCGCGGGCGGAUCAACGAUGCGUUCCAACUAGACGACCACACGCUGGAGUUUGACGGUAUUCCGGCGACACUUUCGCCUCCCGUGGAGCAACCGGUAGAGGUGUGGCUUGUGGUGUUUGGAGUGGUCAUGGCAGUUGUGGUGCUCAUGGGGCUCUUCCUCAUAAUCUCCGGCAUCAUAGAGCGUAAGAAGAAGUCUAAAAAUACAGGAGUUGAAAAUCCUUACGAGCCUGAUGGACAGACCAACAGAGCCUACGAAGAAAGUCGUGAUGAACAAACCGGUUUAUGA